AUGGCUCCCGCAGACAUCAAUCUCAGCCAGACACGACGCUGGCUCGCCAAGCUGCACACCACCGAUCUACCGCCGCCUCCGUCUGCCUCGAGCGAAUCAUCCAUGCACAGCAGUAGCGGCAGCGCCGACGACGGUUCCUCUCGCGCGCUUUCUCCUUCCACCAGCGGCAUCGGCUCGAAUACAAGCUCACACACUACAACGAGUCCGCUGACGGAAGCCCGCGCCAGGAGCCUGCAGCGGCUCUGUGAGAUUAGCAGCGGCGAUGCACGGAACGCGGAAGCCGUCUCCGCGAGCGGUGCCAAUGAGCGCUACGCGCCGGGCAACAUCAACUACAUAAGGACGGAGCCGAGCCGCGGUUGCUCGGCUGCGCCGGCGGGGGAGGAUGGACAAGGAGCGUCGUCAGUGUCGCCGACGAAGAGAGGGUCGAGCUGGGCGCGCAGAAAGUCGUCGGGGCAGUCGCUAGAGGAGCUCGAGGGAGGCUCCUCCCUGCGGCGGUUCUCGCUGUCGAAGUUCAAGCUGCAUUAG